AUGUUACUUCAAAUAGAUCGAGUUCACGAUGAAACGGAAACAACCAUCGAUCCUGUUCGAGGUAGUCUGACUUUCUAUCACUACAAAUGUGAUGGUCACGAUGACCGAGGUUGGGGUUGUGGCUAUCGGACGCUACAAACGUUAUGUUCAUGGAAGAUAAACCAAAAUCAUUCGUUAAAUCAAAUCAAUGGAUUGGCACAUGUGAAGCAGCGAUGGUGCUUAGUCAACUUUACGAUUUCACGUGUCGAAUGGCUGUGA